AUGGAGACUGAGCAGCCCGAGCAGGACCAGUCCAGGGAACCUUCAGCACCACCACCUCCGGCUCCAGCUGCAGCUCCAGCUUCCCCCAAUGGUGGAUUGGCGGCCUGGUCAGGCGUCUUCGCCUCAUUUCUUCUUUUUCUCACCACUUGGGGAUUUUCCACCGCUUUCGGUGCCUUCCAGAGCUACUAUCAAUCUGAUCUGCUGCGCACACACUCUCCCUCCAGCAUCGCCUGGGUGGGCACCGUCAAUGCCUUUUUCCUGAUCUCCACCGGCGUCAUCGCUGGUCCACUUUUCGACCGGGGAUACCUUCACCAUCUGAUGAUAGCUGGCUGUUUCCUGACCACCUUUGGGCUCAUGAUGCUGAGUCUGGCGACUCAAUACUACCAAGUGUUUCUUUCUCAAGGACUCUGCUGUGGCUUGGGCAGUGGCUUGAUAUACGUCCCUGCCUUGUCGUUGGUUUCAACGCGCUUCACAACGCGACGCGGCAUCGCAGUUGGCCUGGUCACCUCAGGUGCAAGCGUGGGCGGAGUCGUCUUCCCUAUCAUCUUCAUCCGUCUUCAACCCCAUAUCGGCUUUCCCUGGACUGUACGGACCUUGGGCUUUAUUCAGCUGGCCUGCUCGUGUAUCGCCGUCCCGCUGUUGAUGGUCACGACCAAGACCCGGCGCGGUCCUCCCCGACAGCUCAUCCACUGGCACGCCAUGAAGGAAUGGAGUUUCAACGCUUACGGGAUCGCCAACUUCCUCAUGUUCAUGGCCUACUUCAUUCCGCUCUUCUACGUCCCUGCCUUUGCUUCUAGCGCGCUUCGCACCUCCACUGACCUUAGUUUCUACAUGGUCUCCGUCCUCAACGCUGGCUCUGCGAUUGGCCGCAUCGGGUCUUCACUGCUGACCUACCGACUCGGCGCCAGUCACAUCCUACUAGCCAGCGUGAUUGCCUCGGCGGUGCUCCUUUUUGGCUGGACUGGCAUUCACUCAGUCGCCUCGUUUGUUGUGUUCUGCGUACUCUUUGGCAUUUUCUCUGGCGUGCUCAUCUCCGCUAAUCCGCUGGUCAUCGCCCACCCGGUAGUCUCGCCGACUCCUUCGGUGAUUGGGACGCGCAUGGGUAUGCAAUGGUUUGCAACCAGUCUCGGUGUGUUGAUUGGAGCGCCUAUCGCGGGUGUGCUUGAGGGUCACGGGAGAGACAAUGGCUUUUUGGGACUGCAAAUCUUCAGUGCAGCAGGGAUGACUGUGGGAGCAGCGUUUCUGUUGGUGCCUAUGAUGGCCGUUUGGCGCCACGAUCGUACGCAAAACAAGGCGUGA